AAAAGAGUAAUUAAUAAUCCCCUCGCCUCCGUCCCGAGCCGAACCCUUUGAGCCGCCAUGUCUCAGGUGGAUAACCGGAACUCAUCUGCUGGCAAGCGUGCUAGAACCGAUGGUGGCCGCCGAGAUGAUGAUUGGACAUGCCCUAGUUGUGGCAAUGUUAAUUUCUCAUUCAGGACAACAUGCAAUAUGCGAAACUGUACUCAGUCAAGGCCUGCCGACCAUGAUGGGAAAUCUGCUGCAAAGUCUAUGCAAGCUCCUUCACCUUACACCUCUGUAGCUGGUUACCUGGGUUCUGGUGCCCCAUCUUCAAUGUAUCUUGGUUCUCUGCCAUAUGGGCCUUCCCUUUUUAAUGGUCCAGCACUGACUCCUUAUGAUUUCUCUUUCCCUGGAGGUUCUGCUUAUCACUAUGAGUAUGGCAGUCGCUUUUCUGUUGGGAGUCCAUAUGGACCAAUGCAUAUGUCUGGACCUCCUCCUUAUUCUAGUGGAUCUAUGAUAGGAGCAGGUGGUAUGUAUGGUAUGCCUCCUAUGGUGGAUAGAUAUGGGUUGGGCAUACCAAUGGGUCAUGGUGCAAUGGGGGCCAGGCCUGGAGCUUAUCCUAAUGAAAGUUCUCCAAAGAAGACUGCAGGUGCAGGACAUGAGAAUGACUGGACAUGCCCUAAUUGUGGCAACAAUAAUUUCUCUUUCCGAACUGUUUGUAACAUGAGGAAGUGCAACACUCCAAGGCCUGAAAGCCAGGGCCCAAAAUCAGAGAAUUCAAAAGGUUCCAAACCAAAAAUACCAGAGGGCAGUUGGAUGUGUGAAAAGUGUAACAACAUAAAUUAUCCAUUCCGGACCAAGUGUAACCGACAGAAUUGUGGUGCAGAAAAACCAUCUCAGACACAAUCAUAUGGGCUGACAUCCAGUGAGGAUGAUCAGUGAGUCCUAGGACUGUUGUGAGGGUCAAGAAGGUUCAGAGUCAUCGUCGGCGUUGCACACCUUUGAUGUCUGUGGUCGGUCAUGUGUCCUAUAGUUGCAGCCAUGAUUAUGAGUUUCUUCACCCUCAUGCGAUCUAAGUCGAGUCACAGUCGUAAGGGCAACAAGUCUUUGGCAAUUCACAUCUGGUAUUUUGGCUUGUGCUGGCCUCUAAACAUCUUUAUCAGGAUUCAGGAAGAAUGUUCACAUAUUUGGUCUGGUCAGAUCAUGGUACUUGCAGACUGGUGCAUGUGAAUGCUGUUUUUCAGGAAGACCUAUGUGUUAAGUUCAGCAUUGUUCUGUUAAAUUGUUACUUAGAUCCUCUGGAAACUUACCAUAGUUGUGCUAUUUGGAUGUUACCCCCUGGAUUUUAUUAUAUGAUAUUUGGAUUAUGGUUUCAGCA